CAUGAAAGACAAACGAACAAUGAGAACCAGAGCACUGAGAAAAGCUCUGCACCUCGAGAUCCCAACCCACCAUCAGCAGACGUGAAGGUUCCAAAUGUUGAAGCCGAUAGUUCACGAAGUUACCUAUCUGUGCGGCAGCAAAGUGAACCAGCUGGAUAUCAUCCCUCUAUGCCGUCACAGCAUCCGGUUGUUGGUGCCGGUCCAGAACCUACUGCUGCCCCGUCAAUGAUUCCUCCUCCCGCUCCACAAUUUUACUACUUGGACCCGAGUAAUCAGGAGCGCGGUCCUUUCGAUAAGAUUCAAAUGGACAGCUGGUAUAAACGUGGGUACUUCUCAGAAGGACUGGAAGUUCGGCGUCAUACUGAUGCGAAAUACAGAACCUUAGGAGAGCUGAUACAGUUGAAUGGGCGCGUGACACCGUUUGACUACAAAGAUGAAGUAGUCUCUCAUCCGCCAGUGACUGUGUUCUCGAAUCCAUCUCAGCCGUACACAAACCUCUUUGCAAGUGGAGGAAUGUGGAGUGACCUGAGCGCUCCUGCCAAUAUGAUGUACAGUCAGGCUGGUUAUGACCCUAUUGCUGCAGAAAGAAAGCGAAUCGAAGAAGAGCAACGGCGAAUACUAGAGGAGCAAGUGAAAAUGAGGGAAUAUCAAGAACAUCUUGUAAGGGAACUGCAGAAGCAAAGGGAAGAACAUGAAAAGCAGUUGAUGGAGCAAAAGCUUGCGCUUAUGAAACACCAAGAGGAGAUUGAACGGCGAGAGCGCGAGCUCAAAGAGUCUGCUGAAGAAACGAAAGCUCGAUUGGAGAUGGAGCGACUAGCGCUGGCAGAAAAAGCUCGUCAGAUUGAAGAGGAACGUUUGGCUAAAAUCCAGGAAGAAGCUCGGAAAGCAGAACAAAAGCGAGCCGAAGAAGCAGAACGAAAGCGGUUGGAGGAAGAACUCGAAAGACAACGUGCUGCAGAAAGGGAACAACUCAGGAAGCAGCAGGAGGCAGAGCGGGAAAGACGUGCUAAAGAAGCGGCUGAAGAGGAAGCCCGGCGUGCUCGUGCCGCAGCAGAAGCUGCCGCUGCUGAGAAGGCUCGUCUUCAGCAACAAGCGGAGGCCCAGCGAAAACAAAAGGCCGCUGAAGAAAGUCGUAAGAGAGAAGCCGCCGCGCAAGCCGAGAAAGAGAAGCGCCUGGAACCUGCAAAAAGUUUCGAGAUUGAAGAAGUUUGGCAGGCUGCUCCGAAGCCUUCUUCGCAACCAGCAGCUGAUGGUGGAAACGUAGCGAAGAAGUCCAACACGACCAAAGUUGCACCGUGGGUAGCUGCAUCAGCGGUAGCUCCAGCAAAAGAGAAGACGUUGAAAGAGAUUCAGGAAGAAGAGGAGCGGCAACUGCGCGCAGAGCAAGAACAGCAAGCUCGGCUGAGAAAAGAGCAGGAGACAGUCAAUAUUCAAUCGAAUGCAACGUGGUCUAAUGCAUCGCAACGUCUCCAGUGGAACCAGCCAGUACAGCAAAGUCCUGCUGCAAAGACGGCCACUGUGGUGAAGCCAGCUUGGGGUGGAGCCGGUGUUGAACCGCAAAAGGUCUGUGCU